UAUCAAAGCCAUCCCAACACAAAAUCCACAUUAAGGGGGCCAUGGAUAACGAAGAAGAGACAACAACAGAGGUUCCCAAUGAAGAAAAAAUGGAGCUCAAUGUGGAUGAGAUUAUAGAAAGGUAUGUGGGAUCCUUUGGGUUACCCCAGCUGUUGCAAGUGGUGUUAGUGUCAUUUGCAUGGGUAUUUGAUUCUCAAAACACCUUGGUCACCAUCUUUACUGAUGCUCAGCCAUCUGGUUGUAGAUGCAAAACCAGUGCUGAUCCAUCAUUAUCCUCAUCUUGGUGCAUGAACAACACUGCUAGUGGUGGUGGUGGCAACAAAGGGCAACCGGCCGGUCAUGUUUGUGGAUUGGCAGCCGGUAGUUGGGAGUGGAUCGGAGGGAAUAGCGCCACCACUAUUGCGGAGUGGGAUCUUAUCUGCCAUCGCAAGUUUCUUGCUGCUAUUCCCACUUCACUCUUCUUCAUUGGUUCAAUUUUCGGUUGUGCUUUCUACGGCCGCCUCGCCGACGCAUGGCUAGGUAGAAAGAAAACACUUUUGUUGGCAUGCAUCUUAACCUCCACCACCACUUUCCUCACUUCUUUUUCACCAAAUAUUUGGGUGUAUUCCCUUCUUCGAUUUGCAAAUGGCUUUGCUCGUUCUGGAAAUGGGAUAUGUUGCCUUGUUCUUUCAACGGAGGUCGUUGGCCGUAAAUGGCGAGGCCAAGUUGGCCAAUACGGUUUCUUUUUCUUCACGGCGGGUUUCUUGUCUCUUCCUUUCAUUGCAUAUCCUACUAGAACCCAAUGGAGGUAUUUGUACAGGAUCAUAUCCCUUCCCCCUCUGGUCUAUACUUUUUUGUUAGUCCCUUUGGUAUCGGAAUCUCCCCGUUGGCUCCUUGUUAGAGGGAAAAACAAAGAAGCUCUUGAGGUGUUACAAAGAUUUGCAGGAUGGAAGGGGAAAAAAUUGCCUGAUAAUAUAGAGCUCAUAAUUCCAUCUCAAGCGACAACAGGCACAAGGAAUGAAGGUGGCAAAAACGAAAACAUAUGGACAACAAGAUGGGCUGCUAAAAGGAUGAUAACAAUGAUGUUAUUCGGCUUUGGGGUUGGCUUCGUUUAUUACGGAAUCCAACUAAACGCCGAGAAUCUCAAUUUCAAUCUCUACUUAACAGUUAUAAUCAACGCCGCAAUGGAAAUCCCCGCCGUUUUCAUCGGCGGCAUACUAUUGAGUUUCACCAGCCGACGUCUCCUUUCAUCGUUAUCAGCAAUUUCAGCCGGCGUUUCAUGUCUCCUUUGCAUCAUUUUCUCCGCCGCAUCCUCCACCACCAGCAGUUGGCCUCAAUUAACGAUCGAAGCUAUUGGUUUCAUGGCCGCUGCUAUCGCGUUCAACGUGUCGUAUAUUUACUGUGUUGAGCUUUUUCCGACUAACGUAAGGAACUUUGCGGUGUCGAUGUUGCGUCAAUCGUUAAUGUUGGGGGCUUCUUUGUCGCCUUUAUUAGUGGUGGUCGGCCGCCUCAGCCCGUCGCUUUCGUUCGCCGUGUUUGGGGCUCUUGCCAUCGUGAGUGGAACCUUAAGUGUGUGGUUGCCUGAGACUAAAAAUGCUCCGCUUUAUGAGACGUUGAAGCAACAAGAAGAAGAAGAACAAGUGAAACGCCGUCGUUUAAUGCAGAACACUGUGUUAUAAUUUUACUUAAUUUAUAUAAAAAAAUAUUAAAUAAACUUAUCAAUAAACAAACCGUAUGAAAAUUUAAUUA